UGGGCAGGUUCAGUGGCUGGUCCCGACGGGUGUAUCGCCGGCGGCGCACACGUCAGUCGUGUGGGCGCGUUAACUGCGUAUACAAGCGACGCGAACAGGGCAACGAACAUGUCUAGCUCCAAGACUGCGUGGCGGUACGCGACUUGUGUACUGCUCGUUGUCGCGGCGGACGCUGCCCUGUCCGGGCUGUACAUCGAUAAUGGUGUUGAUCAAACCGUAAUACAUCACUCUAUGACGCGCCAUGAAAGACAAGUGGUCGAACACGAAAUAUUGGAGCUUUUAGGCCUCGGCGAGAGACCAAGGCGAUCCCAAGCGCCACCGCUGGAUCGGUCGGCGCCGAGCUUCUUGCUGGAUGUUUACAAGCAGCUUGCGGAGGAACACGAACAGGCUCGUCCAACACGCAGCUCUGAAAUGGCCCUCAGUGGUGAAGAGCAACAUGCCAUCGAUGAGAGCGAUCUAAUUAUGACAUUCCAGAGUAAAAAGCAUCACCUGGCUGCGUUACGUCAAGGCCACGGAAGGCACGUCUGGUUCGACGUGACGAGCGCGCCGGGCGAUUCGUCAUCUCUCCUAACGGCAGAACUGCGGUUGCAUCAAGCUGCAUCACAUUCAGACGAUCCAACCGCUUUGUAUACAGUCGUCGCAAACCGAGUUAUAAGCGUCGAUAAUUUCGGUGGCAUUCAAAUGGAGCGAGUUGCGGCAGUCAACACGAGCGCGGGUGCAGAAGGCUGGCUUGAAUUAAACGUGACGGGAGCCCUGUCUACUUGGCUCAACGCCCCUGUGGACAACCAAGGAUUCUUUAUUACACUGCAUCCGCAUUCGCAACCAGAACGAAAUGUUAAACCGGAAGAUAUAGGCUUAGCAGAGACACACGGCCCUAACUCUGAAGGGAAACAACCUUUCAUGGUUGCGUUCUUCAAGAACGGACCCAAACUUGGUUCCUCGGACACAGGGGCGCGAAGGAAACGUGAAGCAAGACGAUGGCGUAAUCACGGCUAUUCCGAAAAUUACCUUAGAAAUCCUCUCACAGAUACAUCACAUUGGACUACGCGAAGUUGCGAAAUACAGACACUUUACGUUAGUUUCAAGGAUUUGGAGUGGCAGGAUUGGAUUAUAGCACCCGAUGGCUAUGGUGCAUUCUACUGUAGUGGAGAAUGCAACUUCCCGUUGAACGCGCACAAAAAUGCAACAAACCAUGCAAUCGUGCAAACAUUAGUUCAUCUGUUAAACCCAACUCAGGUACCUAAACCAUCGUGCGCACCAAUCAAGCUAUCUCCAAUCUCAGUUUUGUAUUACACAGAUGACUCGAACGUGAUACUGCGAAAGUACAAAAAUAUGGUGGUUAAAAGUUGUGGAUGCCAUUAGUUAACUGUGACCAUUGUUACCACUUACAUUUAGUUUUGACUGUGCAGCAAAUAUUGAUAAAAUAAGCUAUUUAGAGUUAUUUUUUUUACUUCAUAGAUCUAUUUACAAAUGCCUUUAACCAAAAUAAACUGCGUUGUAUAUUAUGUUUGUCCGACUGAAGUGCACAGGUUUAUCUAAAUGUUUGUGGAUCAAGAGAUUUUACAUAUUUUGAAACUAGUCUAUUACAUAAUCGAACAAACUGAAUUAAAUUAGGUAGCUAACUAAGUAUAGGUUAUUAAAUUUCUUAUUAAAUUAAGUAGGUUAGUAAUCAUCAUCAUAAUAAUUUCAACCAGUGAGCUUACAAUAGUAACAUAUUAAAUCAAGUAUUUCAACCAAUUGACGUCCACUGUUGGAUAUUGGUCUUGUAUACUGAGUUCCAAAAUUCAAGGUCCUGCGCGGCUUGUUUUCAGCGGCUCCCAGCAUCUCGUUUUAUGUCGUCCAUCCACAUUGUUGGGGGUCGACCAACGCUGCGUUUACCGGUGUUUAGGAAAGUAAAUGUUACUUUAAAUUUGAGAUUCAAGGUCGAAUUGAAAACUUUUUACCGGGUCCACAUUGACUUCAUUCUCAAAUGCGGCGGUCUUUGACCAAAACUGCUUUAGUUACACUAAAUACAUUAUCUCAACUAAUUCUAAUCUGACAAAAGUAAAGCAAUAGUAAUUUAAGCUUUUCACAAAACUUCGAAAGUUAAAAAAAUAUUUUAUCACGUGAACAUCACAUAUUUUAGGUUUACGCGUAUUUUCCUAAUUUAUUAAUUCACUUGGUAACUCCAUAAUAAAUUUAUUUUAUAUCGCCGCCUAAAGCAAGGGCCACGUUCUAGGCGUUUAACCUGUGUCCUUAGCAGCGGAGGUAGGUCUGCGUCCUGCCUGCUACAAACCACAAGAUUUGCUCGAACACGCGUAUUUUGUUAUUCGGUCGCAAGCAGGACGUAAUCUUGAAAGCUAGAGCGGACGCAGGUUGAAUCCGCGGUUUGUGUGUAGGAGUAUUCCUUUGUUAGUUGUGGUUACUUUAAAAUAAUUAAAUAGGUGUAAUGCCAUUACAAAUAAUUCGUUACCAACUAAAUAAGCCAUUUUUGAGCAUCAAAUAAAGGAAUAUUUGAAAAAAAAAAAUUGAUUCCCUUUAAAAAAUUCUCUCUCUUUCCCUUUAAAAAAAUACUCUUGGGCAUACCCUAUUAAAACGAAUGAGGAUACGAUGGCAAUGGUUCACGUAGGUCAGAAUCUUUAGUCAUAUCAUAUUAUUAUUCUGAUAGUAUAAUAUGAUUAAACUAUUCGCUUUCACAAGAUCCCCCACAGAUUUUAAUAAUUACCGACUUCUAACGUCAUUUGUAGAAUUAAACUAAUAAAAAUUGAAUUCGAAUUAAGUAAAUGUGUAUUAAUGUUAUGUUAUUUUUAUGAGCGUGCUGGUUUUUAAUUUGCUAUUGCAUUCACUCACAUACAUUAGUUGUUCUUAAGUUUAUGCCUAUAUCUGUAUGAUAUAUUUAUGAGAUUUGGAAUUUGUGUAAGUUUUGUUACAAAGCCAUAUCAGCUGACUGAAAUGCACAAAAUAUGUUGCAAGUCCAAUAAUUCUAUGCAUAUGUAUUCUAUUGUUAACAUAUACAACGUGUAAACGAAUUGCGAGAUACUGUUGAAAUGUGAAUAAGUAUAUUUCAUAAGGAAUCACCCUGUAAAAAUAUUAAUAUAAUUUAUUUGCAUUUUUUCCAUACAAAGUUAUUCAAAACAUUCUGUAUGACAACCCUAUUGAAGAUACUCUUAUCUUACCUGCACGUACAUAGUACCUACGCUACGCGACGUGUACCUAAUAAAGUGUCAGGAAUCACUUUAUUUUAAUUUUGCAUGUGAUGUGAGCGCUGUAUCUGAUUUCUUUCAGUAAAAAAUUACAUAUGGCAGUGGUUUAAUCAAGAACUAUAAGUUACUGUCUUGAUUAUUUUUCGUCCGCUUCAACUGUUAUUGGCGGAUGAUGUAGAGAUAAAGUGAGUUUGAAGAGAUAACAAGGCAAAAUUAAGAAGAAAAUUUAAAGAUGGAUGGAUGCAAAAGUGUUUUAAAUGUAAUAAAAUGGUUACUAAUAUU